AUGGCAGCAGUGAAUCGUCGCCGUGCAAGACGAAUCGCUGCAGAACAAGAUGAUGAACAAUCGGUCCAAUCAUCUGUUUCCUUGGUGCAUCCGUCCAACCAGUUACAGUCAUCCCACCACUCGUUUCCUCCUCCACAGUCUGAUUCUGAUCACUCUUCAGUUCCCGGUCGGAUUGAAUUGAGUGACAGUGACGAAACUGCUCCAGACUCUGACAAGGGCACCGAUGAAAACAUGAAUGAAGACUUUCCACGGCAUACUGAUGUUGACGAAACCGACGAGGAUGGCCAACCAGUCAUUGAUCCGAAUGACUUGUUAAUUGUUGAAGGCAUGGAGGACGAAGAAAAGCACGCCAAGAAGUGGCGAGAGUACGAACAAGAGAAAGCUCGGUUGCUCCGUGAGCGAUGGACGGUGGAAAGGAAGGCUCCCAUGUCACAAGGGAUUGAUAUUUCUGAGCAAGUACAGGAACGCCAUGGGCGACAGCGUUUCGGAGAGAGCCAACCCCCAAGGUUCCUUCCACUGCCUUGA